AUAAAAAGCACAGGCAGGGUGGAAGGCUGCACUGUCACUGCGUAUAAGGAUUGCACUCGUCACUGAACACACACUCUCUCUCUGUCGGAUCUGUACUCAAUAUUGCAACUAUGUGUAAAGGCCUCACAGCUUUACCGGCAACCUGCUUGAAAAGUGCCAAGGACAUAAAGCACCGUAUCGAAAACCUUCUUCAAAACACUGACUUUCUAUCUGACCUGAAAGCCCCGAAGAAAAAGAAGCCAGUGGUGAAAAGAGAGAAUCCCAUUGACAUUGAAAAAUGGAAGUCAUCCUUCAAUAAUGUCAUCAAUAAUGAAGUUGGCCUGGCAGCUUUCAAAGCCUUUCUGAAGUCUGAGUUCAGCCAGGAGAACAUUGCAUUCUGGAUGGCCUGUGAGGAAUACAAGAAAACCUCUGCAGAUAAAAUGGCUGCCAAAGCCAAACAGAUAUUUGAUCAAUAUGUGGAGAUGGACUCCCCUGGUGAGGUCAAUUUGGACUCAGCCACUCGAGAGGAGACCAGAAGCAACCUGUUGAGCCCCGAUGUCACCUGUUUUGAUGAGGCCCAGAGUAAGAUCGUCACCUUGAUGGAGACAGAUUCAUACAGGCGUUUUCUGAAGUCAAAACUGUUCCUGAAAUUGUCAGAGCACUCUUGGAAGCUCUUGUGGCCUCGACAGGGGAGUAAAGAGGGACCUGACAGACAGCAGCCAUCUCCUGCUUUGCUGUGCAUGAUUGACUGGUAGUUCGUUGUGUUAGACAGCAUUGCGCCCAGAACAUAGAGUGCUUACAUGCUGAAUUCAACUUCUGUAUCAAGUAUGAAUUAGUGAAUUGUGCUCUUUGACAGAUGACAGGCUCUUAUAACAUGACCGUGAUGGCUUUGCAAGUAUUUAGCCAUGGAUAAUAGGAACCUUCACCAAAUAUACUGUAUGGUCAAAGGAUAUUUGAAAUGCUUAAAGCCACUGAUUUUUAACUACCUCGCUGACUUCCAGUUUCCAACCCAAAUAGAUUGGGAGUCAAUCCAAACCUUUCAAUUCUACAUUCCCUUGAUGUACAAAGAUAGAUGGUUUACAUCUAACUCAAUAGUUUGACUGAAUGUUGAGUACAAAGCUGUGGUUUACAAGAGAAUUACUGUUACAGGUGUUUGUGUUGAAGUUGAAGUUGUGACAGAAUGAAUUCAAACCAAACAUUUCAUCACACAGAAAAUGAUAUGGUAAAUGUAUCCUAUGUUAAGCUUGAUUGUAUAACAUUUUUGCAAACAGUCUUAUAUAAAUGGUGGUAUUGCUGUCAGCUAACCAGGAUACCAUGCCUUUGAAGCUAUUAAGUUAUUAACUAAAAGACAUGCUGAUUUUUGGAUGCUGGCAACCAUAUAGUCUUAUGUGAAAAAGUGAUCUUAUUAAUACUAUGUGUGCAUUUUGUGGCCGUUCCAAUUAUUCUGUAUUGAAACUAAAUUGUAGUGAUCGUGUCCCCUAUCUAAAUUCAUUGAUGUUACUAUACUGAAAUGUAUUGAGGGCAAAUCUGAGAUCUUAAUCACUUAAGACUAAAGAAUGUUAUAUGUUGUUUUGUCCAUAAAUGUCCCUCUGCCUCUUUUAAGUUAAUAAAUGGAUGCUGGCAUUGUUUCUUUUGUGUUAUAUUAUGUGUGUUUACAGUAGAUAUAUUUACUUAUCUUUUUGUUGAUUUAUUGUUUAAUAAAAUGUAUCCUGAAUUAUCCCUUUUAAUCCCAA